GCAUGCCAGUAAUGUCAGCAGCCCUGUGGUACACCAGCAGUGACCUGCCAAUGGGACGUGGGAGAAGAGGAGGAUGGCAAUCUGAAUGAACAAAGAAAUCAUGAGCCUACAGUUGAUAUCUCCCAAACUAGGCAACCCACACCAAUACAAGCAGCACAGGAGCAGCGUGGAUGUGGUGGGAAGGCACCGCACAGACACUGUUCAAAGGGUCUGAAACCACAUCCUUAGUCACACCGCUGAUGUCGAUGAUGCCUUCGCAGUCACAAACCAAACCCGAAACAUUGUUCCACUGAACGUUCUCACACAGACGUCAGUGCAUCGGUGACUCUGUUAGCGUGUUGGCUGAUUACGUGGCAGCAUUUUAGAUUGAAAGAAGUUUCAGCUGCUGUAUUUCCUUCUAACCAGCAGCUGAUAACAGUGGGUCGUCCCUAUGGCUCUCAGACCGGGGCUCCUGUUGUUGCUGUGGGACCUCACUUUGUAUGUCCACGGUGUCACGUCUUGCAAUGUCACCUGCACAACGGACUACACGGUUUCUCUGAACUGUUCCUGCUCAGACUCUGUGCCGACAUAUUCCGGCCUCCUCACAGUCAAGUGCAGUUAUGAAGAUCUUGUGGUUAAUGGAAGCUGUGAAGUCAAACCCCCUCAGUCCUGGUGCGUAAUGUAUCCGGAGAUGCUUGAAGAAGUUGCAUUCCUUGAAACCAUGUGUACCGUGACAGCCAGUCGACAGGGCGAUCAAGGGAAUGCCAGUGUGUCACCCGAAUGGGCACUGGGUGAUGUGGUGAAACCUUCGCCUCCUGUCAAUGUUCGUGUGACAAACACCGACAUAUUCUACAACAUCACUUGGGACCACAGCAACCAAGACGAUUGUCUCACAUACAGGGUGCGCGUAAGAGACAACAAAGAGUUUUCGAAGGAUCCAGCUCUUUCCUUUUUUGCGACAGAGAAGAAGGCUCUGUUAGACCAUACGAAUCUACAACCACAUGUCAUCUACACUGUGGAUGUUCAGGCCAAGAUGUGUCCUGAGAAUCCCUAUCUCGGUCCAUGGAGCGAGUGGAGUUCCGCUGCACAUUGGCGGAUUAGAGGAACGUAUGAAGGAACUAAUGGCCUUUGGUGGUACGUCACCCUGUCCGUCAUUCUUGUCCUUGUUCUGUUGCUGGGUUAUUUUAAAAAACCGUGGUGGCAGCAAAAACUCCAACGGAUUUUAUACAUCCCCAAGGCAGAGGAGUUUUUCAAGCCCCUCGAUCUCAUCUAUGGAGGGAACUUUAAGGAGUGGGUGAAGCCCAUAUUCAGCGAGUACGAUUACCUGAAGAUCAACUCACAUGCUCAGAUGAUGAGCGAGAAGCAGCACGACGUCCUUCAAUGGAACAACGAGAAACAAUGCUACAGCGAGGACAACAAGAUGAAACAGGGUGGUCAGUUCCUCCACACGCUGCAGCCUCACAGCAACUCGCUGCUGUUCUUCCAGGACGGUGGCAGUUCACAGGGCACCGGACACUCCACCGGACACAUCUCCAUCCACACUGUGACUCUAUCUGGAGAAGAGGAGUUUGAGGAGGAAGUCGCGUCACAGAGCUCUGUAAACCCCCUCAGAAGUUACCAAGAGGGAGAACGCUUUGGUUCAUUUGAGGAAGGCAACAGAGAACAUGCUGGUUAUGAUUUAGAGGGACCUCAUAGGCAAAGCGGGGUAUUACCACAACAUGAAAACCAAAUAUUGAAUAACUUGUCAAUGGAAAAUAUAAACUUUCAGCCACAUGCCCAGCUUAAUGAACCAGAGAGGGUGUCACUAGACUCAUUCUCCUCAAACGAACAGUCAGAAGACGGCUACCCUCACGUGGACUUGGACACUAUUGACAGUGGUUUUGGAGAGUGCGGCAGCCCUCGAGCCUCAGACUCAAACGCAGCGGAGCAGAUGCACUCUGACUUAUUUCACGAGCACAAAAGCUUGAACUCUAACUACGUCAAGCAGUGGAUGAUAUGUAGCACUAUCGAAGACGACUUCAGCAACUCUGACACCGAACUCCUUGAAACACCGUGAUUAUCGCCGCUGAUUCACUGACACAAUCAGUAAUCCUGUAUAUUCUGUUAAUCUUGAAAUGUUUUAGUUGUGCACUUUGUAUAUAAUCAGGUUUCCUUGUUUUUAUAACAUUUGUUAUUAUGUUUGUUUGCUUUAAAGACAUUUGAGAGAGAUUUGAUUGGAGAGAGAGACAGCGAUGACAUUUAUUGAGACUGGAGUGUGCCAAAAUAACAAUUAUAUUUGUUGUUGUUGACUUACAUGCAGAUCAGACCAUCAGUAAUUAAUUGACGAUUUGAAGACAGGAAAAAAGAAUCAAUUUAUUAGUAGAUCAUAAUAAAGCACUGGGCAGUCCAUCAUUGUUAUUGGGACACUCCAGAAUCUUAUUACAAACAUGGAGAGUCAGUAAUCAGUAAUGUCAGCAUGUGUGGAUGCCUGAAACAAAGUAAACUAAACAGCAGCUGUGUCAGCCAAGGAAGAGGAGGCAUACACGUUCAGGUGGAGAGACUUUGUAGCUGGAACUCCACCAGGCUCAGGUGUCGAAAGACGAACCCCUGAAAGACAAAUUAGAGCCAGAAAACAGGACUCAGAGAUGGGUCGUCACACUCUACAGACAUGCACCAAGGGAUGAACAUAUUGCCUUGAUUCGUACUGCUGGAGGAUGAUUUUUUUUGUUUUGUUAUUUUUGUCACUGUAUGUACAGCUUCAUAUUCUCAUGGUCAUUGGCUUGUACUGUGGCACCGGCAUGCAUGCUACCUUAUCAAGAUGUCAGAUAAUGUCUGUUUUCCUUGCGCAUGCAUUUUCUCAGUAACCGCUGUAACCAUCCAUCCUGUUGCAACUUUAACGUCAGUAAAAAGAGCAUACUUGGA